AACCUGGGGGAAGUGUGAAAAACGCACAGCGCUUGAGCUAUUAAACCACAUUUCGAUGCUACGCGCAUGCGCGGCAUUCACGUUCUGCACUGUGUGUUUGAGCGUAUGAAGGUUGAACUGUCAGCUAACCAUAAACGAAUAUUCAAAAUAGUUACUGAAUAUAUUUUGCCAAUACUUCACGUCUGUCCACAUGCUUUUAUAAUCAAGCAUAUAUUUUUGGACCUCGACUGCUUCUUUCGGGAUUUUUGAAAGGGUGAAGAUGGCUGGUCUGUCUAGCUAUGCCCUGCGCAUGGCCCGUCUAAGCGCCCGGAUAUUUGGAGAUGUGGCCCGUCACACAGACUCCAAAUCCAUGAAAGUGGUAGAGUUGUUUAAAGAACCCCCGCUGGCCCAGAGAAAAGAAGUGUAUAACUGGUACCCCCCACACAAGAUCUACUAUUCAAUGACUCAGAAACUCAGAUUCAUGGGGCUUUUCAGGGAUGAGCACCAGGAUUUCAAGGAGGAAAUGAGGCGCUUGAGAAAACUGCGGGGUAAAGGAAAACCCAAGAAGGGAGAAGGGAAGAGAGCCGCAAAGAAGAAGUAGACCAGCACAUUUCAUCUAUUAUUUAUGAAAGGACAUUAUGAAUGGAGAAUCUGAUGAAGAAGCUCUGUACACGAGUUGUACCUGUAUGGACAACAGGACAUGUUUGUGACUGUGGUGUGAUAUGUUCUAUUAGCAGAGAUGAUGGUGAAACAAAAACACAAAUGCUGAAUUUACAAUGUUGGGACAUCCUCAGCAUACCUCACCAACACCUCUUAGGUUUGUUUUCCUAAGACUACACUGCAAGAGCCAUAAACCCUUAGGCCAAAGCUUGGGCUACAUACAAGAAAUAAUUAAUUUUAAAUUGCUACAUUUGUGCCAACAAAUCAAUACACCAGAUAUUGUAAUGGACCCAUAAUGGAAAUAAGUCAGUCAGGAUCAUGUUAGAAAUUAUGCAUGUGUAGCAAUAAUUUUGAUUGUGGGAGACAUGCUAUUCCGUAAACCUGCCUAUAUCCGAUCAUUUUUUCCCUAAUAUGAUAAAAAGGCAUCUUAAAGGGGACAUAUGAUGCGAUUUCAAUUU